GUUUACAAUGCAUUACCCAAGAAACACUAUCAUCAUCACUGCAGCAACACUGUUGGUUCUGGUGGUCUUCCCUGGUGUUCCCAAGUCCGUGAAUGGAAAUGAGGGUUUGUCAAGCCACGAUGAAUACUUUGACGGAGACCCCAUCUACUGCCGGCGCAUGAAGUUCAUGAUUGCAUGUGACUACAAGUGGGAAAAGCAGCAGGUGUCACUGACUGGUGGUCCUGCGGGAGAAGAGAUAACCCAGAUCAUGCUGAAACACGUCAAUCACCUCAUUCUCAACAUUUCAAAGUGUUUAUGACGUGAGUCUUACCCACAUAGCUGAAGCUAAAGUAGAAUAUCAACCAAACACUGUUUGCACUAGGAUGAAGGCCUCACUCACCAAUGUCACCCUCGACUUCCUUGGUGAUCCUGUGAUCAACCUGUAUGUCUAUAACUCAACAGUAAGGAAGAUGUUUCUGAAGAGCGU